GAGACUGGCGAGCUUCGCCCGUGCCAAGCAGGCAGCGGCGGCGGAGGCAGCAGCAUGCCCAGCGGGGCGAGCCGCCUCCAUCUUGCGCUGUCCCCGGACGGCCGGCACGGAGGCAGCCAGAGGGUCCAGCCCAGCCCCAUUGGGAGAAAGCAGCAUGGCGAACAGCGGGUGCCAGGAUGCCCUCUAGGUCUGGCCAGCUUGUCUAGGUCCGAGGCAGCACGAUGGCUUCGGGUGUGGAGCUCACAGACAGCAGCCAUUCUAGUUCCCUUCUGAUCCAGCUGAACGAGCAGCGGCUACGCGGACAGUUCUGUGAUAUCACCAUCAUCGCCGAAGACACUAAGUUCAAGGCCCACAAAAACAUCCUCGCGGCCUCCAGCCCCUACUUCAAGGAGGUCCUCUCCGAGGAAUCGGCAUCUCGCCAGCCGCGCCAGAUCCUGGAGCUUCCCGACAUCCAGGCGAAAAUCUUCUCGGACAUCUUGAACUUCAUUUAUAACUCUCGGCUCUCGGUGCCCAGUCCGGCCAUUGCCAAGGAGAUUGGGGUGGUAGGCCGACGGUUGGGCAUCUCCCGCUUGGAGAACCUGGAUGAUCCCCUGGCGGAGGUUAAGAUGGACAGUCCCAGCAUGGCCUCCCCUCGAGGGUGUGGCUCCCCCAUUGACCUCACCUGCCCCUCCCGUUCUUCAGAACCCUCUAGCCCUGUUUGUUUGCAGGAUUUGACCAAAGUGUACAGCCCCAGGCAGGAGCCCCGCCCUGACUCCGAAACCGAAACGGCCAAGAUCCUCUACAAUCUGAGCUCCGUUGCGGCCGUACCGCCGCCCACGGCCUCCGAUUUGACCUUCGUGCUGAAGGAAAACAUCGAUUGGGACCACAACCUCUCCGGGGCUCCUCCUGUAGCUUCUGUCAACCCAAACGAUGGGGUGCCAGCGUCCGCCUCUUCUUCCUCCCCCUCGUCCCCCUCCGGGGCUUCCUACCCAGCCAGCAGCACCUUCUGCUGCGGGAGCUGCAACCGGUCCUUUGCGACAUCCUCCGCCCUCAGCCUCCACGCGAAGCUCCACCGGACGCGGCGUUCACUCUCCUGCCGCCACUGCGGCAAAAGUUUCAUCCACAUCAAGCGGCUGCAGACACACGAAGUCUUGUGCAAGGAGGGGGAGAAACCCAAAGAGGGGGACCCCGCCAACAAGGCGCCCGCCAGCCCAGAGUUACCUUCCAAGCCAACAGUUGUAGCGGCUUCUUCCAAAAAGGCGAUGCUCUUCCGCCAUCGGGGCCCGCCACGCAUGGAUUAUCUCUCCGACCAAGACCACUUCGUCAAAGUUGUAGACGGGCACAUCAUCUACUUCUGCACCGUCUGCGAGCGGUCCUACAUGACCCUCUCCAGUCUCAAGCGUCACUCCAAUGUCCAUUCCUGGCGCCGGAAAUACCCGUGCCGUUACUGCGACAAAGUGUUCGCCUUGGCCGAGUACCGCACCAAGCACGAAGUGUGGCACACCGGGGAACGUCGCUACCAAUGCAUCUUCUGCUGGGAGACCUUUGUGACUUACUACAACCUGAAGACUCAUCAGAAAGCCUUCCACGGGAUCAAUCCUGGCCUCAUCUCCUCAGAGAAGACCCCUAACGGGGGUUACAAGCCUAAACUGAACGCGUUGAAACUCUACCGCCUGUUGCCCAUGCGCUCCCAGAAGAGGCCGUAUAAAACGUACAGCCAGGCGGUGGCAUCCGAGGACCUUCUGCACCCAACGCGUGCCGUCCCCAUGACCCUGGGGGAGAGUGGUCCCUUGGAUGGAAACCUGGUCUCUUCCUUGAGCGCCGGUGACGUGGCUUCCGUCUUCCCCACCAUGAAUGCCUCUUUAGAAUUGCCUGAGGCCGAAUGCACCCACCAGCAGGAAACCACAAGCACCGAGGAGACGUCCGUCUUUCCAACUCCCAGUGAGGAGAGCCAGCUGGGCAAACCGGCCCGGUCUUUGAGCACAGAGGCACCCACCGUCAUCGCCUACGGGCACCCCACUUCUUCUGUGAUCGUUCAUAGCACCUCGGUGAAAGCCCAGGCUCCUUCCGUGAUCACGUACAACAGCACGUCAUCCAGCGCUCUGUUGAAUGCGGGGACUGCACCAUCGCUGUCCCAGUUGGAGUCCCCUUCUCCAGCUAUAACCAAACCCAUUAAGAAGCAGGUCCUGAGAGAAUACAUCCAGUCCCAGAAGAUGGAGGGGCAGGCUUCGGAAGAGGACGGCAGUGAGCAGGGGUUCAAAUCGAGGGGACCGCGGAGUGGGCGCACCAUGACUUACAUGGCUAAACCGGCCUGUGUGGGAGCCACCUCCGAAAGCCGAGCAGCUCCACUCUGCCAGAUCACAGUCCGCAUCGGCGAGGAAGCCAUCGUCAAGCGGCGGAUCUCGGAAACCGACCUCAUGCUUGACAAAAGCACCCGGGUGGGAGGAAGGCGCCUGGAUUUCAGCCAUGAUCUGAGCAGUGAGAAACCGCAUCACUCCCUCCUGCCUCCGACGCUCCACGGCAAGCGGGCCGAGAGGGUGUUUGCGAACGAGAGCGGUGAGGAGGACAGCGACCGCGGAGACACAGAAGACCAACUCUGGCGCCCCUACUACAGCUACAAACCCAAACGGAAGCCCGGCAGCAGCGGCAGCAGCAAAGCCCUGCCGAAGGUGAAGAAGUCGCGGUGGCGGCACAAGCUGCGUUCCCUGCACUGGAUGAAGCGGUCAGAAGAAAACAAGGAGGGAAGCCGAGCGGGACCCCACCGUCCGGGCUCUGCCGAAGUAUCCGGGGGACAGGGCGCUGCCUCCGACCGGGAUGAGAUGGACCAGCCAAUCAAAGUGGGGGGUGGGCGGGGCACUGAAUGGAAGCACGAGUGUGGCAUUUGCGGCAAACUCUUCUCGGCCCUCAAGAAACUGAAGAAGCACGAACGGGUCCAUGCCCGCCUUGCCAAGGACAGCCAGGCCGUGGCGGUUUUGACAGCCACCCCUCACCGGGUGGGCCGCAAGCCCCUGGUGAAGUUUGCCUGUGCCCACUGCACAAAGGUCUGCAAGACCGCGGCGGCCCUGAGCCGCCACAUGAAACGGCAUGAAGGCCAAGAGGAGGUCCCCCUGCCGGUGCUUACCACGGUCAUUGCUUACUCCAAGAAGCCCACCGAGGUGCCCAUGCCCACCCCUCCCCCAGUGGUCAAGGAAGAGACCACUCAGGAGAUGCAGGUGUCGUCUUCCAGCGGGGAGGCACCCGGAGGCCAGCCAGAGGUGCCCGAGGAGGGCUGUGCAGAAACAGUGCCGUACAGCAGGCACACCCCUCGGCCCGAAGAUGAAAACCUGUCGCCGCCAGGGGCCACCAAGUCCCCUUUUCACGAGGAGCCACCCAUCUGCUCGCCACUGCUACAGGCCACCACGACCACCACUAGCCUCGCCGACCUGCCGCCAGAUCUACCCCGCUCUCUUCAAGACCCCAUCAUCUCUCACACCGGCCCGGUUCAGAAAGAGAUCCUGGCGGCCCAGGAGAUGGAAGGCGACCGAUACCCAGUCCAGGAGUAUCCGUUGCCCCUGCUGGUGCCCGGGAGUUGCCGGAGCCGAAAGGAGGUGGAAGACAAGGCCUCGUUCCUGGCUUAUCCCAGCGCCAUUCAGUUCAACACCGUCAGCAAGGCCGGAAGCAGCAGCGGCGACGGUAAAGUCAGCUUCUACCCCGAGCCGUACCCGCUGAUGUAUGGGCACCAGCUGCUGGCUGCCUACCCCUACAAUUUCACCCUGCCGGUGGCUUUGAACAUGGUCAUUCCGAGCGACAGUGGCCAGCCCUUGCCCUUCCUGCCCAAUGUCUUCAGCUAUUCGAUGAACCCUUGCCGGGGCGUGGUGGGGCAUGAGGGGCCGCCCGCCGCCCACGGGGGCCUGGGGAUGGGCGGCUCGGCUCGGGAGAGCCGAGGAGAUCCAGCGGUGCCCGAGAGGCUGAAGAAAGGCGGGCUUCUUUGAGGGACAGGGCAGGCAAGGGGCGCCCGGAUUACGGGGCCUGGAAGAAAGGCAAGGCAGAGGAGUGGCCGGCCUCCGCCCCUCUUCGGUUCUGAGAAGGUAGGGGGGCAUGCUUAGGAGGACCGUUGUGGGGGUGGGUGGGUGAGUGCGGAUGGGCCCCCCCCCUAAACCGGGGGCAGGUAGAAGAGAACCAGCCCCACAACUCUUCCUAUCAGGGGCAUUUCGCAUGGGACACGUUGUCGUAGAGAAGACUUCUUUAAAAAAAUAAAAACCAUAGCAAAAAUAGGUACAGGGUACCCUCUUCCCUCCCCCUUUCCUGCCCACCCACUCCCACCCACGCCUGGUUCCUAAACACCCCCUCCCCCUCCCCCUAUGAAUGUUGUUUGUAGACACAAAUAAGAGUGAAUUUGCACAAGGAACCGCUUUUCACCCUUCUGACUCAACGCCUCGCCAUCCCCAGGGCGAUUUCCAGCCUGUUCUCGUGCGCCCCCUCCUCCUCUGUAUUUUUGCUGCUGGGGGGUGGAUGGGGUGAAGAGGUGGGGGGGGUCAGACUCUCUAAUGUAGCUCCUCCCCUCCCUGCUUUGGGGGUGCCUGCGGACCCCCCUCCUCUUCCUCCUGCUCCUCCCCACAAACCGCCUGAGGAU